AUGGCACCAGCGGAAAUGAUAGACACUGCAGCGCUCAUCAUCCUGCAGGUCGUGUUCCUGUGUACGUUAAUAGUAGCUGUCUACGCCGAAGACGACAAGGAUAACGAUGCUGCUGCAGACACCAGCUACGCAGGCUUCGGCCAGGCUUACACUCAACAGAGCGGAGUUAGGUCUCAACCUGUGAACCUGGAUGCCGCCGCUGCUACGUAUGGAUCUGGAUACAGCCAGCAAAACGCCGUUGAACGAGCUCAACCAUUUGACUUCGGCUACAACAUUCAAGACGAGUUCGGCAACACACAGUUCCGUCAGGAGAAAGGCGACGAGUCCGGUGCAGUGCAGGGCAGCUACGGCUACACAGACGCCUACGGAGUCUACCGUAAAGUCAACUACAUAGCCGACGCCAGUGGCUUCAGAGCUGACAUCAAAUCCAACGAGCCAGGACUGAAGCAGGACAACCCUGCCGACGCCCAGUUCAAUGUCGAAUCUCCACCUCAAGGCAUCCAAAGUAUCACCGCGACUCGCGCCGGCACCUUCGUGAAUCCCGGAAGCCAAGGCGCAAGUGGGAAGCUCACCUCCGGAAGCGUUCCCGGACGUCCGGCCCAGCCGCGUCCUCGCUUCCCACCCGCCGCUAGGCCUGAUGGGGGAUUCCAAUUUCCCCAGUAGAUUUACGUAAAAAAUAGACUUCAUUUAGCUACGAAAAACAAUAUUCGUGCUUCUCUGUGUUAUGGUGCAGGUACUAAUGUCCGAAUCCGGUGGUCUUUUUGAUCGUAUAUGGGAAGGCGUCUCCUCCACGUUAUUUCCGAAUCUCAAGCAAUAACGCAUCUGCAACGGGUCACAGGUAUGGGUGAAACCGCUUUUGCGCGUGCCAUAUGCUAACGUGUGUGAUAUUCAG